AUGGGGCCCCCAGCCAAUAGGGGAUCAUGGGGCCCCUGUGUCCUUGCCCACACUCAAACCACACCCAAAAAUGCCUAUGAAAGGUACCAGGGAUAUCUCAUGGGGCCCCCUACUAACUCCGGGCCCUUGGGCAGAGCCCGAGUUCCCCAAUGGUGACCUCACUCCGGAGCAGGGGCGGACUGGCAACUCGUGGGGCCCCCGGGCAAUAGGGGAUCAUGGGGCCCCUGUGUCCUUGCCCAAACUCAAAAAAGCCUAUGAAAAAGGUACCAGGGGCAUCUCAUGGGGCCCCCUACUGACCCAGGCCCUCGGGCAGUGCCCGAGUUUCCAAAUGGUCAGUCCGCCCCUGCUC